AUGAGGAAAGGUCCACGUCGCAGCACACCCGUUCGACGUCGACAUUGCUUGCAUCUCCUCGGAGUAGGCCGGCCCUCUCCUAAGUACGCCACGGCCUUCACAAGAAUGGCAGCUUUCGCCGCGCUAGGCAUUUCUUCCUGGCUUCAGCGCGCCUGCAAAACUUUGGGCAUCCUCACGCCCACCCCCGUGCAACGUGCCUGCAUCCCCGCCAUUCUUUCGGGACGCGAUGUAGUCGGCGCUGCCGAAACGGGCACAGGCAAGACUGCUGCUUUCGUGCUACCAAUACUGGACGCGGUGGGUCGUGACCCGUACGGAAUUGCGGCCAUAAUCCUCACGCCAACCCGCGAGCUUGCGUUCCAGAUAGCGCAGCAUGUGAGCGCAUUGGGCGCGCCGAUAGGCAUCAGGGAAUAUACGCUUGUGGGGGGAGUGCACGAGCUCGCACAGGCGGCUGCACUGGAGAAGAGGCCGCAUGUAGUAGUGGCGACGCCGGGGAGACUUGCCUUGAUGAUUCGACGUGGAGUGGUGGAUCUGGCACGUGUGAGGUUUUUAGUCUUGGACGAGGCGGAUAGAUUAUUAGACCCAAGCUAUGUGGACGAUUUGAAAGCUGUGGUGGGAGAAUGCGACUCGGAGAAGAGGCAGACGCUCAUGUUUUCCGCGACAAUGACGGCAUCCCUGAGGGAGUUGCAGGAGGUGGCGAUGGGAGCGAACGCGAUGCGGUUUGACGCGCGUGAGAACCGUUACGCAACAGUGGAGGGGCUGAUGCAAACAUACUUGUUUGUGCCGCAGCAUCUGAAGGAGUGCUACCUUGUUUACUUGCUGAAAGAAAGGUUUGAGAAGGAGAGUGUCAUCGUGUUUGUGAGCAGGUGCGAGACUGCAGAGCUGAUUGUGGCUAUGCUAAAUUUGCUGGGGAUGAAAAAAGUGGCUGCGUUGCACUCGGAUAUGAAACAGACGCGGAGGAUCGAGGCGCUGCAGAAAUUCAAGGGACAGAGUGUGCGAGCGUUGGUGGCGACGGACCUCGCGUCGAGGGGGCUAGAUAUUCCGGCAUGCGAGGUUGUGGUGAAUUACGACGUACCGAGACAAGCGGCGACAUACGUGCAUCGCGUGGGGAGAACGGCCCGCGCUGGGAAGGAGGGGAUUGCCGUGAGCUUUGUGACACAGUCAGAUGUGGAAUUGGUGCAUGCCAUUGAGGCGAGGACUGAGAAGAAAUUAGAGAAAAUAGAGGACGUCAAGGAGGAGUUGGUCAUGAAGGAGUUAUCUAAUACGUUAAAGGCUAGGCAAAUUGUGAAGAUGAACUUGGAUGAGAGUGGGUUCUUGGAGCAAGGGGACGCUAAACGGGAAGGUGCUAGGAAGAGAGCGAAGAGACGGAAAAAGGAAAGGAGCAAGACUUCUAAGUAG